AUGACGCGCGAGACGCGCGCUCAGGACCGCGCCUCGAACGUGUUCAGGAACUUAUCAACGCUCGCCUCCAAGGAGAGGAAGCCGCUUCAACCCCGGCCCGUGAACAUUUCCCAGCUUGUGGCGUCUCAAAAGCUGCGCAGUCCUCCAAACACGCCGGCCUCCGCCAAGAGCCCCGCGAGCUUGCUGUCCAAUGCCAUAUCACGGUCCCGGCCCAAGAGCCACGACGGCUCGCUGAGGUCCGUCGCGCAGGUGAUCGGUAGCGAUUACCAUUUGACGCCCACCAAGCCGCACUACCGCGCUAGGGCUAAGAAACGCUACGAUCUCGCUUUUCCCGCCGGCAAGGCGCUCGUCAACAGACUGCUGAAGUGCGUCAGCGCUUUCGAAACCAACCGGCGCCUGCAGCGACACGGCCUAUCCACGCACGAGUACGACAGAAAACUGCACGUGCAAUACACAAAGCUUCUGUCGCCAACAGAGCUCCUGGCCGUGGCCGCCGGGCCCCUUGGCAGAGAAGUGCUGAUACUGCACAUGCUUCCUUCUACAAAGGACGCCGAGCCUAAGAGCGGCUCGCAACUUCUGCUGAGCUCCAACGCAAGCGCGCUGCUCUACCCCGGCCUGCGAUGGUACUUCGAAUGGCGGGUCAUUUGA